UUUUCUUCUGUACAUUCAGCAACUAUGAAGACUGCCAAUGCGUUGUCCAUGUUGGCAGGAAAUGAUUCAGAAUCCGAGGCAGAAAUAUCACAAGCCCGAAAACCUUCCGGCGGACUAUUAUCGCGGCUACACACUCACAAGGACGAUUCUUCCGAGAACGAUGACGAAGGUAGUGACGCAGCUUAUGAGCGCACAAUGCAGCGAUUCAAGUCUGCAAAGACGGCCAAUGUCAUCAGCAGCGACGAAGAGUCUGAGGACGAAGCCGACGCGGGCGAGGACGCGUACGAGCGGAUGAAGAAACAAUUGGCGGCUAAACAAGCCGACUCAAGCACGAUCGAAGAGAGCACCCCCAAGGCCAAAACUCCAGCAGUAGUCAGUAGCGACGAAGAGGAAGAUGUGCCUAUACGAACCGCUGCUGCUCGUCGGAUUAGACCUGCGAAAGAGAGCAGGUCCUCCGCCCCUACAUCCCCCGCAUCUAGCAUUCGAUCUCGUCGUUCCAGUCCGGGCCUGUUUGUCACCCCGAAUGCCUCGCCCGUUAAAUCCCGCGUCAGAUCGCCAGACGCCAUCGACGAUGAUUCAGACCAAUCCACAAGUCCAGUCCACAACGCCGACUUCAACGAUCGCGUGAAGAGAAUACGCGCGGAACGGGUAGCACAGAAGAAUAAGGAGAAGAAAGAACGCGCCCAGAAGGCGCCUCAGCAGAUUGAAGAGGAUUCAGAGAGCAACUCCGACGGCGAGAAUGGCAGGCGACUCACACAGCAGUCGAAGCCUACGCGUAAGGCUGGCAAGAAGGCAAUGGAGGCCAUGAUUCGGGAUCAGCAGAGGAUCGUCCGCAGCAUGCAGCUCACCCACCAAUCCAAGACAAAGAAGCGAUAUGGCACAAAAGACUUGCUUGCGAAGUUUGGUUUCCCCACCGAUGCGGAACCCGAGCUAACCCACGAUGCGCCUGCUGCGGUUCCUGUCCAGGAAAAUUCUGCCGUUACUUCACCAUCUUCCACUGUGGAUAAGGGCAAGGGUCGAGCACCCGAGUUCCAACAUCUUCCCCCGAAAAUUAUGCCCACAGACAUAGUCGCUGUUCAGAAUGUAGCAGUGGACGUGUCGAGACCUACACACGCCGACUCAAUGGUGGAACUGUCCGAGUCCGAUGAUGACCUACAAGUUGUUCAGCCCAAAAGCAGGCUGGCUGUUUUUGAUAAAAUUCCUGAACGCAAAGCACAAGAAUCGUCGUCUUUGCUUCACCUCCGCCAUCUUGCCCAAUUAACUUCUGGAAACGACAGAAACUCAAAGGGUCAACGCUCAAUGAACAAUGUUGAAUUAGGAAUGUCUUUGCAACAAAAGGCUCGCCUGCAGAACCGCAAAGCACGCGAGGAGAGGCUUGCCGAGCUGAGAGCCAAGGGCAUCCACAUUGAGACAGAAGAAGAACGGGAGAAGAGGCAAGCCGAAGUUGAAGACAUUGUAGCUCAGUUCGAAAAGGACCGAGAACGUGAUCUGGCGAUUGCAAAACAGGAGAGGAAGAAGGCGAGGGAAGACGGCGAAGCAGGAGAUGGAUUGCCUUCUAGUGACGAGGAAGACGAAGACUACAUUGGAAGUGAGGAUGAGGACGUCGCUGCAGGUGGUGCAGAUGAUGAAGACGACGAGGAAAUGGAGCUCGUGCUAUCCGGAUCAGAGGAAGAAAUGGAAGAGGAAGAGGAAACCGUUGAGAAUCCCCACAGUCUCGUCGAUGACCUUGCAGAUGAAGACGACGAAGAGAUGGCUGUCGAAACCACCAACGAUAUCCUACAAGAUGCAGAUGAUGAAGAAGACGCCGAUUUAGCAGCACCUUCUCGUCGUCAUACCACAAAGCGUGCUAAGCACGUGGUAAUUGAUGAAGAAGAUGAAGAUCAAGAGGAGGUCGUGCCACAGGGCUCGCCUACACAGCAAGCAACACCUAGUGAUGAUCCUUUGGCUGCUUUCAGUUUUGGGAAUGCUGCACCGGCUCUGGGCCUCACCCAAGCUUUUGCAGGCACGAUGGCAAGUCUUGAUGCCGAAUCUCGGGGCCAGUCACCAGAGCCAGAGCAAGACUCCCUACAAUUUCUCCGGAGUCUUCCUGACACGCAACCUUUGCUCAACUCUAGUCAAUCAGCCGUCCCCAACAGCCAGCCAGAAAUGUCUCAAAGUGAGACUCAACCUCAGAUCGACCUAGGAUUCAACCAGCUGUUCCAAGCGCAGCCAGAGUUCUCGUCAACGCAGCUCUCGGAAGUACCCGAACCUACCCAAGAUGCUGGCUUCCUGUUAUCUCGUUCGCCAGCCGGCCUUGCGCCCAUGCCAUCCACCAUCGACACCGUCAUGGUGCCGAUCGCGGAAUCGCCUAUCAAGAAGAGCAAAGGUAAGCUUCGUCGUGGACUGGCGGAAGCUCCUGUUGAGCUUUCUGACGUCGAUGACGAUGAUAUGGAAGCAGCCGGACUUGGUUCCGACGAUGGUAGACCCGCAAGAAAAGCCAAAGACGUAUUCAGCGUUAUGAAGAAGGCAGCCAAGAAGCAGCGCAAGAUUGAUGACUUCAACAAACAAACCAGCUGGGCAAAGGACAUUGUCCAAGAACAAGCCGAGGAAUCCGAAGACGAAUACGCUGGUCUCGGUGGCGCCAGCGAUGACGAUAGUGGCAAUGAAAUGGACGAAGAGCUUGCGAAAAUGAUUGACACCAACGAUGUUGUGGUCGACAAGUCGGGCCUCGAGCGUUUCUACAACGAGCAAGAAACGAAGAAGCAUCAGCAAGACGUCGAGCAAAUGUACAAGGAUGUCAUGACCGGCGGUUUUAGAAAACGCACAGCCGGCCGUGACGCGUUUGACAUGUCGGAUUCAGAAGACGAGGCUGAGAUGAGGCGAGCAAAAUGGCAACGCGAGAGGCAACGCAUGAGCAAUGCUAUAUUAGCUGAUGAACGUAUUGGAAAGCUCGCACAAAACGCGAAGCAGCAAGCUUUCAUCAACACGAUGAUCGAUACCUAUGACGACUCUGAAUACGGCUUCCUCAAUGAGCCAGAACACCCCGCACCAGAAUCCCAAUCCCAAUCCCAGCCAAACGAGCCAGCAGAUUCCGGUGCCAUGAACGACCCUGAUGAAGACCUAUCCAUUCCCGACUCUCAAGCCUCCCAGCCUAGCAACCCUCUCAAGCGCAAAUCCCCUUCUUUCGAGUCCCAAGAAAAGGAGAACCGACCCCCAGCCAACCAACGCCGCACUGCCGCUCCUCCUCUAAGCAAUAACCCCUACAAGAAAGCACGAACCCUCCCCGAAAUCCAACACCAGCUCUCAGAACUCCUCGAAGACUCCAGAGUCAUGGUGCCAGACUCACAAUACAUGUCCGACGAUAGCGACGACGACGCCACCAACAACGACGCAUUCGCAUCCCGCAGACCGACCACCAUCAUCGACCGCCUUUCCCUUUCCCGCUCCUCCACCACCCUCUCCGAAUCCAAUACCACCACAGGCGCAAACCCCACAGUUGCAGGUCAGACCAUGGCGUUCGCUUCCACUACCACAACCAUGCACGGUGGCUUCCGCGUCCCGAGUCUCACGCGUCGCGCUACGUCGAACUUCUCGACCGUCUCUGAGCGCUCCUCGUCUUCUUCUUCUACGGUUGCGACUGCGGCUGUGGGCGGUGUUCGUCGCGGAGCCACGGGGAAGAGCAAUAUCCACGCGCAGGCUAGAGAGGCAGAACGGAGGGCUGUGUUGGAGAAGGCGGAGGGGAAGAGGAAAGAGGUUUUGAAGAAGAAGGUGGGGAGGGCGAGAGGGGUAAGAAGUAUGCUGGGUGGGUUGGGUGAUGGGGGGUUUGAGUAG